AUGGAGUUAGAACCUAGAAGAGGACAUUUGCAAACAAUGGCAAAGAUCACAUUCUCCAUUUUCAUCAUUGUCCCUACGAUCGGUUUGUCACUUGCAGCCGAUACUUUGGACAUGUAUCAGUCCAUCAGUUAUGGAAAAACAUUGGUUUCUUCUGACCAAAUCUUUGAGCUAGGAUUCUUUACUCCUGGCAACUCAAAUAUGAGCUACUUGGGUAUAUGGUACAAGUUCAGUCCUGAAAGGGUUGUGUGGGUUGCUAACAGAAACAACUCGAUAGCCCAUCCUAAGGGUGUUCUCACAUUUAGCAAUGUGGGCAAUCUAGUUGUUCUCAACCAGUGGAAAGGUGUUGUUUGGUCUUCGAAUUCGUCCAGGGUCCUCUCAAAUCCAAUUGCGCGGCUCCUGAAUUCUGGAAAUCUUGUUCUUUGGGAUAAUUCCGGUUCAAGUUCUGAUGAAGCCUAUUUGUGGCAAAGCUUCGAUUACCCAUCUGACACGCUUUUAGCCGGUAUGAAGCUUGGGCUGAACUUGAAAACGGGUCUCAAAUGGCAUCUGACUGCGUGGAAAAGCAUGGAUGACCCUUCUCCUGGAAAUUAUGUCUCUGGGUUAAACUCCAGUCAGGUUCUACCUCAGUAUGAACUAGUCCAGGUGGAUGUCCCUAGCAUAAAAUUUCGAACUGGGGAAUGGAAUGGAGUUCAAUUUGUUGGAGAUUCCUUUACACCAAAUCGAGCUACUCUGCCCACGUUUGUGUGCAAUGAAACUGAGAUUUCUUUCAUGUUUGAGGUUCAGAACAGUCAGUUUUUCUCGAUAAUGACAUUAAACUAUUCGGGAGUGCUGCAGGUUUUGUUGAUGAAUAGAUCAAGAAGCACCACGUGGAAUGUUAUGUAUGAGUUCCCUAUUGAUCCCUGCGAUUCCUAUGGCAAGUGCGGUGCUAAUGCCAUUUGCAGCCUUAGCUUGUGCAAAUGUGUGAAAGGGUUCAUGCCUAAGUCGCCUGACGAAUGGACGGUCCUUAAUUUUUCCAGCGGAUGCAAGAGGACAAUACCCACGAAUUGUUCAAAAGGAGAAGGGUUCUUGGAAAUUAAAAAAGUCAAACUGCCUGACCUGUUGGAGGUUACGAUGAACAAGAGUAUGAGCCUCAAAGAAUGCAAGGACGAGUGCUUGAAGAACUGUUCGUGCACGGCUUAUGCUAAUUCAGAUAUCAGAGCAGGAGGCAGGGGCUGUCUCAUGUGGUUUGCGGACUUGAUCGACAUGAGAGUGUUCGAAGAACAGAAUUACGGGCAAACUCUAUACAUACGCCUAUCAGGUUCUGAACUAGGUAUGCAUACUUAUGCUAAUUGA